AGUAACUGGGUCAGGUAUAUUUAGUUCAUUGAACCAGGGAAAAACAGCGAGUGUGUGUCUCGCUUCCUCUUCCGUCUCUGUUGAAGCGCUUGUGUAGUGUUGACGUGUCUCUAAAGCGCUUUCUUACUCAGCUGUAGUAGAGUUUUUUCGCCGGUAGUCAGAACGAAAACUGGAGAGACCUAUUGACACAUAAGGACCACACACUCAAAGAUCGUAACGCUUGGGAAAUCAUCAUGGGCAUCAAAUUCCUGGAGGUAAUAAAGCCAUUCUGCGCCGUCUUACCUGAAAUCCAGAAACCUGAAAGAAAGAUCCAGUUCAGAGAGAAGGUACUAUGGACAGCCAUCACUCUCUUCAUUUUCCUCGUGUGCUGCCAGAUUCCCCUGUUUGGCAUCAUGUCCUCAGACUCUGCAGAUCCCUUCUACUGGAUGAGAGUCAUUCUGGCCUCCAACAGAGGUACCCUGAUGGAGCUGGGUAUCUCUCCCAUAGUCACCUCUGGCCUAAUCAUGCAGCUCCUGGCCGGGGCUAAGAUCAUUGAGGUGGGAGACACCCCCAAAGACAGGGCCCUCUUCAACGGAGCACAGAAAUUGUUUGGUAUGAUCAUCACCAUUGGUCAGGCCAUUGUGUAUGUGAUGACUGGAAUGUAUGGAGAUCCCUCCGAUAUGGGCGCUGGGAUCUGUCUGCUCAUCAUCAUCCAGCUGUUUGUGGCAGGUCUGAUCGUGCUGCUGCUGGAUGAGCUGCUGCAGAAGGGUUAUGGUCUGGGCUCUGGUAUCUCCCUGUUCAUCGCCACCAACAUCUGUGAGACCAUUGUCUGGAAGGCCUUCAGCCCCACGACUGUCAACACUGGCAGAGGCACAGAGUUUGAAGGAGCCAUCAUUGCCCUCUUCCAUCUGCUGGCCACACGGACAGACAAGGUGCGCGCCCUGAGAGAGGCCUUCUACCGCCAGAACCUGCCCAAUCUUUUGAACCUCCUCGCUACCGUCUUCGUCUUUGGUGUAGUCAUAUACUUCCAGGGCUUCAGGGUGGACCUGCCCAUCAAGUCUGCCCGUUACCGUGGCCAGUACAACACUUAUCCCAUCAAGCUCUUCUACACCUCCAACAUUCCCAUCAUCCUCCAGUCUGCCCUCGUGUCCAACCUGUACGUCAUCUCUCAGAUGCUCUCCACUCGCUUCAGUGGCAACUUCCUGGUUAACCUGCUGGGUACCUGGUCUGACACAUCGUCAGGCGGUCCAGCUCGUGCCUACCCAGUGGGUGGGCUCUGUUACUACUUCUCUCCCCCGGAGUCGUUUGGUUCGGUCCUAGAUGACCCCAUCCACGCUGCCAUCUACAUCUGCUUCAUGCUGGGCUCCUGUGCAUUUUUCUCCAAGACCUGGAUCGAGGUGUCUGGCUCCUCUGCCAAAGAUGUGGCUAAGCAGCUAAAGGAGCAGCAGAUGGUGAUGAGGGGACACAGAGAGACCUCCAUGGUUCAUGAACUCAACAGGUACAUCCCCACAGCGGCGGCCUUUGGUGGUCUCUGUAUCGGUGGCCUUUCUGUCAUGGCGGACUUCCUGGGUGCUAUCGGCUCGGGCACAGGUAUCCUGCUGGCCGUCACCAUCAUCUACCAGUACUUUGAGAUCUUUGUCAAGGAGCAGAGUGAAGUGGGCAGCAUGGGAGCCCUGCUCUUCUAGACAGACACCUGGCUACAAUACCUGCUAUGUAACCACCCUCUUAAUGCACAUGGACAUGCCCCAGAUCAGACCAAGUCCUACCAACCUCUUAUUAUUCACAUUAUUUUAUGUCCAUUUAGAUUUUUUAAAUCUGCACAAUGAAUCUGUUCUCUCCUGUGUCAUUUUCCGGAUGCUUUCUGGCAUCUCCCCAUGACAUGGCCUAUAGGAGGUUCAGCCCAAACAGAAUGGUUUGUGUAGUGAAGUGGUGGGACUGACUACAUCCUGACACUCACAACACACAGAUCAACAGAUGGCCCUUUUCAGACUGAGACAACAGCUCUGUGGUAUGCAAGCAUGUAUACUGCACUGGGAUGAGGGCAGUCCCUCUCUUACUGGACUUAUUUCAUACAACCCAACACAGUAUACAUAGGAACGCUUUGGUUUUCUGCUUAAAUUCCAUCACCUCGAUUACCUGGAGGAUAUAGGCAUGAGUGUACAGUAUACCUUUACAACUGGGCUCUUUGGUACAAUCUUUUGAGUGGCCAUCAGGUUUUGACUUAAUGGCCACUCAUUUCACUAAUUGAGUAGCAAGGAAAGGUUUGGUCAAGACUCUCAGAAUUUUUCAGAAUAUAACCAUGUUUGUCCGCCAGACGUGACUGUUUAAAGCCGUGUUCCAAUAUACUGUAGGGUCAGGAAGUUGAGCGUAGGGCUCUUAGAAUGUGGUGCAGAUUUGUCAAAUGUUUGCUUUUUAUUUUUGUGAAAGUGUGCAUUGGAAGAGUUAUCAAGUUAACCACUCAUAGCAGGAGGUCCUCUCUGUUGAAACUGGGCUGAAGGGAAGUGGCGUACAUUUAGGGAGAUGUAAUCGUACUUGUAUGCCACGUUCAUACCUGUUGCCCAUUUUGUUGGGUGAGGAAAGAUAUAUUUUUUUUUUCAUUGUCUGCUUUGAGCAGGACUGUAUUAAACACUUUCACACAUCGUGAAUUUUGGUUUUCUGUAUAUAUAUAUACCAUGCAUUGAAUUAAUCUACAGUGUAAAAUAACAGUUUUUUAGAAUAUGUAAAAAUGCUGUUCCGAACAAAUGUAUUCUGAGAAUAAAAAAGAUCAUUCUCAAUAAAAACUCA